CUUCCCUCUUCAUCUCACCACCGAAGCUCAGCUCAAGCAAUUCACCAUUCUUCAAUCCCCUCGACAGUGAUUGAACUGCCGCCAUCAUGCCGAAGUCCAAGGUCAAAGGCGUCCUCAUCUCUUCCACCGCAGAACAAGUCGCCGGCCGCGAGAAAAUGACGACUUACGACAUUCCGACGAACCACGAAAUUUACAACAUCGGAGGUCUCUGUCCCGUGUCUCAACUAGUCGGCAUGCCGCUUCUCGUUUACAAGAUCAGGCUGACAACGCCACAUGAUACCCGCCCGGACAGCAUCCACUACCAACUCUCCCCGCCCUACUACCCAAACCACACAGCCAGCAAGCUGAUGGUCGACAGCGAUCCCGACGAGUUGGAGUUGAAACCGGCAGAAGGCUGGAAGGACACUGCUGGCAACGUCAUCGUCGUUCGCAAGGACCGCAAACCUCUCUACGCGGUGCAUGUCCGGGUGUUGCUCGACUUCAUGGAUAAAGUCAUGUACCCAGGCGCAGCGGUCCUUCCAGACGGUCAUCGCACACGCUCCAGUACUGCCUCACCACUGGACAUCAUUGCGCACCUGACACCUGGCGACUUCAAAGACUACUACAUGGCGGAGCGGUACUACUGGCAAAGUGCAGGACAAGAUGCGGCCAACCGAGCAGCACUGCCUACGCCGUGGACCCAAGACUGAAAGCUGCAAUGAUCGACGCAUCCAAAUCAAAUACAGUGGAGGAGUGGCGUAUGACAAGAUGACGUUCGAGAGCUGGUGUGAACACCAUCUGCUGUUCGAAAUCGGCAAGUCCGAAGCUCCAGCGAGUACUCAUCUCACCUGGGGCCAAGCGGUAUAUCGCUAAAGCAGAUGGUAUGUUGCAGGGACUGAAGGGGAAGCGUGAUGAGCCUUGCGGGCUGAGGGCACGUGCUCACGUUGGGGAGCUUGAGGAGAGAAUCAACGAGUGAGCACGAUGUGUACUCCCUUUUAGGGAGGGAAGAACGUAGCAGAAUACAGCAGCAUGCAAUGCCCAGCCCGAUUUCGCCGCA